AUGGUUAGAAGAAUUGCGUCGCAGGUUCACAAGCAGGUCUCGCGUUUGAUGCGCGCAGACUUCAUCAAGAAGGAACCAGUAUGGUACAAGGCCGUAUUGGACUACCCCCCGCUGCCUUUGCCGCCAAAAGCGCCUCCGGAACGUAGCGACUACGAUUUGGCACCGCGAAAACAGUCUUCCUCGUCGAAAAUGAGACCGGUGACACCAAAGCCAUUGCCAAUACACUACUUGGAGGACGACAUCCGUCGUCAAUUCUACCGCGACCAUCCCUUUGAGGCUUUUCGCCCGAAGUCGCUGGUGGAGGGGGAAACCAUACAGACCCCUCACUCUAUGCGAGGAGAGCAAUGGACUAGACUGCGGCAGAGGGGACGAAAUCCUUCUCCAGAAGACGCAAUCGAAUUCGUUAUAAACCUUUAUCGUUUCCAUAACGUCCCUCUUAGCGAGGCAUAUUCCCGCUCCGUGGCUCAGUUCCGUGCGUUGCAAUCGGGGCGGCAUGUCGCUGCUACGUACGCUUCAUUAGAAGCUGACCACCUGGGAGCCAUUUUCGGGCCCUCUGAAAUUGAACACGGGUUCAUGAAGGAAAAGAGGAGUUUAGAAACUUGGGAGAGACGCGAAGAGCUGGACGAGGGUGCAAUGGCAGCGCGAAAGCGGUGGAAAUCUAUCUUCGAACGACAAAAUGGUGGUACAUGGUCGCGUGGUGCGGAGUAUGUGCGACUUUGGAAAGACGGUGUCAGGCCUACCUAUGCUCCUGUCCUAACGGAGCCGGAACAUUCUGUCUACUUCGAAUACAUCUAG